UUGUUCUCAGGAUGUGCACCCACAAACCAGCCAGAAGCUUGUCGUGCAUCCACGAUGGAAGGUAUUUGGAAAGCCCUCGUGAAUUCACGUCUUACCCGCUGGAUCAUGGGGCUCGCACGCUUCAAGUUUCGACUUUUCUCGUGGCUGUGGACCCCUCGGCAUGGACAGGAUGCUACGAACCAAAUAACGCCCCCUCGAGCGCUUCCCAGUAUUGGCCUACAUGGCCUGAACACUGACGUUUUCUCGGAGAUUUUUGCGCUACUCAAUGGCCAGGAUCGACGGGCAUUAUCCGCUGCUUCACCCCAACUGCGCUCCUUGUUCAUGCCCCUUCUAUUCCGUCGCGUAUGCUGGCAGCCUUUGUCUAUGCGCGGGUUUCCGUCUUCGACGCUGUGGUCAUACAUACGUACCUUUACUGUGCAAGGACGCAGCGGAUUCUCCGGGUUCCAACAAACGACGCCUACCGCAGACUACACGAAGGAACACCAAGCCCAAAUCACUUCACAGCUCAAUGAGGCUCUUCCUUCGAUGACUAAUCUGGAUGAGGUCCGUCUCUAUGAUAUCCCAUUCGGCCCAUGGACAGAAUUCAUUGAAUCGGUGCUAUUGGCUCCAACUGUCAAGCGACUGCUCCUGGCAUCAGACCCUUGCGAAAACCCAAGUGAGGUGUCGCUAUCGACCAUCUCUCGACUUUCGCACGUUUCGUACAACAUCCAACAACCUCUACACCACCCUUCCGAUAGUGAUUGGAUUCGAUCUUAUAGCGCGUUUUCCAAUAACGCGGACAUCCGAUGCCCGGCAGAUCUUGUCGCAAGCGAAGGACGCCUGGCGCGUGCAUGGCUCAAUCCACAAACUCUCCAAAGCUUAUCCAUACCUGGCGAAUUUGUGCUCGAAGCCCUAGAUCUAAAUUUUCGAUGGGAGACUUUGAGUGAACUUCACCUUGAAGGUGUCUUUCCUUUGAGCCCAAAGGGGACCCCGGCAAUGCUCGAUGUCCUACUGGCCAUGCCACAUCUACGAGUUGGGCGCCUCAGGCUCGAACAAUCCAAUAGAGACAUUGGAUGUCGUGAAUAUGUAACGCGGGACGCGUUCUCAAGAUUCGCCCUCGGUGAACGUUUGCUCCCUGAUUUGGUGCAUUUCGAAGCGCCAAUUUCUGUCAACGAUCACAUUCUUAGUCUCCUUCCUCCAACGCUAGAAACACUACUUCUCAUCGCCUAUCCACUCAAUCACUCAGAGUUCUUCAAACGACUCAUCAUUCCUGCUUCUGCUUUACUUCGCUUGCUCUCUGCCGCAGAAUUUCCGACUCUUCGUUCACUGGAGCUAUCUUAUUCGACUAAAGCUGACGGAGAACUUUUGGCCGAAGAGGAACUACUCCAGGCCAUUCCUCGAAUGUUUCCUGCGUUACGACACCUUAUGGUUCGACGAGAUGCCCAGCGGGACGGUCCGGACGGCGUCCAUUUUGCAACAGGGUGGGACCCAGCAAGUCAUUUUGAAGCUCUCGUUUCAAAGCUUGCAUAUCUCGAAACGUUUUCAUUCGACGCUGAUAUUCCUGGUACCCAGGAAGCAGACAUCCUGCCUGCUCGCCAUGGUUUUGUUAACUUCGCUCCCGCGAGCGAAUAUACGGCCCAGCUGGUCAACAGUAUAGCAGAACACCGAGCUCGUCCUUCCAAGCUUCGCAAGAUUUCAUCGUAUAUGUGCACCGGCGGGCAGAUAACGGUCUUCCCCUGGGGACCGUGGUUGAUUUGGGAUAUCGUACAAGUGGGGUUUGACUCGAAUGGAAGCCCCGAAUACGAAAUCCGUAGACGCGAGCCCCCUCCGCCUCAAUUUGAUUCAAGAUCAUUUGACAUACCCUGGCGCCCUAUUAAUAUGGUGUAA